AUGGUAAAAUACCAGGCAUGUCAUUGGUCUGUUUCACAUGUCUGCUGAUGUGCCGGGUUAGGCUGUUUUUCUUGAUUCCGUAACCCAACACUGUUUAGAAUUUGUGGCUUGAGAAUAGUGUUCAUGUUAGCUAGUCGUUACGGUGAUACUCGGGGCUUUUGGGAGCACGACUAACUCUAUCCGUACAGGCUGGAAACGGACCUACACGUUGAUAGCUAGAGCUAGAUCCGUACCUGGCUAACAGAAGCUAAGCGCUAAGUCGAUAUAGCCUAGGUUAUCUGCAUUAGCGUCAGAAUGGGUGAGGAAAUUAACGAGAACCUCAUUAACGCAUGCAAUGGACCUGCGGAUGCCACCAGUGUGGAGGAGACCAGCGAAGCAGUAGAAAGUGGUGUAAAAUAUUACACGUUAGAAGAAAUAAGAGUACAUAAUAUGUGCAAUGACACAUGGCUCAUCAUUCAUGACAAAAUAUAUGACAUCACACGUUUCCUCGAAGAGCAUCCGGGAGGUGAGGAGGUUUUGCUGGAGCAGGCAGGUGCAGAUGCCACAGAGAGCUUUGAGGAUGUGGGUCAUUCCACAGAUGCCAGGGAGAUGCUUCAGCAGUACUUCAUUGGGGAGCUUCACAUGGAUGACAGAAAAAAGGAGCCUGUAAAGGAGGCACACAGCACGAAUUCAGGAGAGUCCAGUUCCUGGACCGUGUGGUUGAUACCCGCUGUUGCUGCCGUCGUCGUUGGCGUCAUGUAUCGCUUCUACUUGUUUGAACACAAGUCCUCUUGAGUGCUGCUGGCAUCUUGUUUUCAUCUCAUUCUUUUCAUCUGGCCUUGAAAUGUUUGACCAAAACCUCCACACACACACACACACUGAACCUACACAAGUAGGAGUGUAUGCAUCUUCUGCAACAAUAACAGGAGGGGGAACAGUUUGAUAAAGUACUUGUCCGUCUACGUAAAGUGCACCAAAUAGACAGCUGGGCAGAGACUUUAUUAAAUUGUCUGCCUUCAGUUUCUUUCUGUUUCAUUGUCACUAUGCCUGUUGUCAUUUAUGUUAAAAUGUUGUCUUUUAACUUAAGCUUUCAUAUGCACUUGACCAAGGUUGGUCUCUGUAUGCUUUUUAACCAUUUGCCUGCUCAGAGAAAGGUUUUGCUAACAUACCCCAUUAUUUCACUGAAUGGAAACGCUGAAGGAUGAAGUAUGCAGAAUGAUGAUGAAAUCAGGGUAAUAGUUAACAGUGAGCACUCUACCGUUUACACUGAAUUAUAAAUUCUAAUGCAUUUUCUUAGUUUGAAUAAAGUGAGAAAUGUUACUGCUGCCUAACUCUUUGUAAGAAUCUUGAGUUUAUUCCCAUCAGUCCGUGGUACAGUCCUGAUGUUAAGCAGUUCUUGAUUGCAUUUAUCCUUUGAUUGUAAAUGCAUAAACUUUCCAACUUGCGCAUAGUGGUGAAUUACAUCGUUAUCAUUGAUUAUUUAAGGUAGAGCUUCUUUUGUCAGGAAUAUGUGUAAAUGUCAAAACACCUGGUCCAUAUAUUUAAUAUAAAUCAUGUGGUAUGAAAUCAAAGAGGAAUAUUUUAGAACCCAGAUAUAAUAACUGAAUAUGAAUCAUUGAGUUGAAAGAAGAGAAGUAUUUGUCAUUUGAUUGUUUUGUUUUUUUAAAUGUAAUGUCCCUCUCUAUGCCGUUUGUUAUUUAACUGAUGCUUUUUCACAGCUUUGUUUCAUUGUUAUGCAUCUUAAUUCUAUGUUUAGAGUAAAUAAUACUGGCAGCUGUCACUGGAGGGUUUGAAUUAUUGCAUUGAAUGAACUCGGGCAGUUGUCAUAAGAGUCACAGAUGGAUGUCUUGAAGGCUAAAGUUGGUUAGCAUACAUUAAAUAAUCAUCUCUGUCAAUAUCCUAGUUAAUUAUCCAUUUCUGGUUUUGGGUUACCUAAGGUUUGCAUAGCGUUUCUUAAGUCAUACCUUUUAUUGGAUAUUCUGAAAUAGGCAUUUUAUACUACAUUACUAUCACAAAAAGCAUUUUCCAACUCCAGUGAACAUUACAAUUCGAAGUCAAUUUACCACCUGUCAGUUCACAAAAGUUCAAAUUUUAAUUAAUUAAUUAAACUUGCUGCUAUUUUACAUAUUUAACAUAUUUUACAUGUGGCUGCAGUGUUUACUUGCAGAUGUCAAAAUGUAGUUGGAUGACUUUGAAGAUAAAUAUUUGCCACAUUUCUGCAUUUCAACUGCCAUUUCCUGUCAUUAAAAUUCUCUUUGAAUAAAAUGUAUCUUUCAAAAAUUCAA